UCACUGACGUCUUCAUAUCCUUACACACCUACAACAAGUACUCCGGACGACUGUGAAACUGCUGCCCAGUGGGUGCACGUCAAAGUCCCGCCCCUGCCCUUCAAACCCAGGUCCGAUGACUUACUUGGUACGUACGACAUUAGCAUGCAUAUCAUACCUGCAGCCAGUCCAAGAGUCACCCCAAAUAUUCCAGUCUCCGAGCCACUCCCUCCCUCUUCAGAAAGAACCGAAGGGGAUAUCAGUAAUUUAGGAUUUGAACUCAUGGAACAACAGGUCCGGCAAGGGGAGGACGGCUACUCCGGGGUCACAGACGAAAGGUUGCUGUGGAAUUGCGUCAACCGAUAUGUGAAAAAGGACCGGGGGGUCGAGGUCAGAACGAAGGGGAUCAUCUUGUUCCUUUGUGCACGCAACGGGUUUUCCGAAGGAAGUGAGAAUCUAAUCGUGUAUUGGAUAUGGGAGACCCAUUUAUGCUAUCUACUAGCUGCCUGUGGUGUCAUAGAUGAGAUGUGGUCAUGGGAAUCCGUGCAACAUGGGGAUUCUGCUCCGCUAAACAGACAAUAUUUCAGUGGUAGCUGUGAGAGAUCGCUUCUUAGACCUUCUGCUUGAAAUCAGUCGACAACAGUUGAUUGGACUGACAAUGCGAGAGAUAUUGCAAAUUUCCUGAUCAACUAUAUGCCAGAAGAGGUAGA